UUCGGGAAAAGAAAACUCACAUGGCCUAACAAAAAUGGAUGUGGCUUUAGAUCUUAGCUAAUUUUUGUUCGAAUUGACUUUUGGGUUGCAGCUUGUCAAACGAGUCGCUCGUAUUCUUUGAAUCCAUUUCAAAAUGAAAACUCUUAAAGGAAAACCAAAAUCUGGAAGACUUUGGAAAUCAGAGAAGAAAAGGAAAUGCGAAAUGAUAAACGUCAAGGCAUUACAUUCAACCUGGGCAAAACGACAAAAGAAACGCGCUGAAGAAAGCUCCAUCAGGGCAUUCGAAAAAGAACUUAAAGAUGCAGCUAUACAAGCAAAAGAGGAAAAAAGGAAAAAGAUGGAAGAAAGAAAGAAAAGGCGAGAAGAAAAUAUUAAAAAAGCCGAAAUAGUUCAAGAGAUCAAGAAUACAUCAAAGCUAAAGCGAUUGAAGAAGAAGCAGCUCAGACUAAUUGAAAAACGAUAAAUAGUGGACGAAUUGCUAUAUGGACAUACUGGACAUUUUAGGAAAAUGGAAACACCAUAGGUCAAUGCAAUUCAAAGGAAGAAAGUUGUAAAAUUUGUAAAUGCAGUGCAAUUCAGAAAACCCAUUUUAUAACUAAACUUUAUUCUUUGAGAAAACUGGGUUAUAAUGGACAGGUAUUAUCUAACUUCUUAAGUAACAUAACAAGAUGAUCUUUAGAAGCUGAAAUACAUAAAAUAUAUAUUUUCAUGGUAUUUACAAGAAUUUUUCACACAAGACAAUGUAAUAAGCAUCUAGAAAGCAAGUGGUAUUAAUUUUUCUGCAUAUAGCAAAUCUUAAAAUAUGACAUCUUAAA